AUGAUAUCCAAAACUUGUAUUUCCACCAGUUUUAUAGUUAGAUCCAGUCUUUCUAGAUAUUUUGCUUCAUGCUUACGACUUAAUUCAACAAAAGUGACGUCAACUGAAUCCGAGCUCAAGAACUCUGCUUUUAACUAUUUUAAAUAUGACGGACUUGAUAAUAAAGCAAUACCAACACUUCAGUCCGACUUAUUAGAAAAACAAGACGAUUUGAGGGAAGCAUAUGAAGAGUACCAGAAAAUAUUUUCAGGCUUUGAAAAGAAAGAGCUGUUACAUUGUAAAAAUUGUGGUAUAGGCCCGUUACAAAGCCAUGACCCUAGCAAGGAUACAUAUUUCAAGAAGAAAAACUUGGAUUUAACAUUGAAGAAAAGUGAAGAUUAUGGGCUGCCUGUUAAAAACCAAAGCGAGUUAAUUGAUCUUUUGGAAAUCGACACUGAAGGUUUAGAAUUUGAAAAUGCAUCCAAAAUUGAAUUUGAUAGAAAAGUCAAACAAAUGAGAGAAUUUUGUAAUUAUCAGGUUGAAUGUGAGAGAUGUGCAAAGCUGUUACACCAUGGUAUAUUAGAUAUAAAUGGGUAUAAGAUUGAGAAAAUUAUGGAAAAAAUACCAAAAGAUGCAACUAUCGUCAAUGUUGUCUCAAUUUUAGACUUCCCAUUAUCUUGUGAUCGUGAAAUCCUGAAAGGUAGAAAUCCAAAGGAUAUAAUCUAUGUGGUCACCAAAUCUGAUAUUUUCUAUGAAAAGAAGGUGCAAGCAGACAGGACUGGUGAACAAUAUGUGAAGGACACUUUGAGUGAAUAUAUGGAUGCGGAUCCUUCAAAGGUAUUUCUUGUAUCAUCACAGAAAGCCUGGAAUAACAAGAAACUUUAUACCGCAUUUACUAAGGGUGAUGUUUAUAUGGUGGGUCGAGCUAACGCAGGAAAAAGUAGACUGCUCAAAUCAUUACUUUCAAUAUCACAGGACCUGAAGCCAACUGCCAGUAUGCGCAAAAGUAAAGUUGAAACCAUCGGGGGUUUUUCUCCCAGUACUUACCACAUUCCUGGAUUCACUAGAGAAUUCCAGAAAUUUAAAAUGAGGAAUGGUGUCACGGUUUAUGAUACACCAGGGUUUUUUCCAGAACAUUUAGGGAUAUAUGGGCAUCUAACCGAAAAAACGAUUAGGGGUAAGACAGAAUAUCCUAACCUAACUGAACCUAAACGUCGAACUGUUACCUCGUUACAGAUUAAAAACAAAAAAAUCUUUGACGGAAAAAAUUUAUAUUCAUAUGCAGGACUUUUCUACUUACAGCCACCAGAGGGUGUUGUCUUCAAAAGACUAAUUGCUACAAACAAAAGGAAAUUGUAUGGAGAACACAAGUUUAGUAGUAUGGAAAGGGCAAAGGAACUAAAUGUACAAAGACCAAAAGAAUUUAAAGAAUUCUAUGCUACUACGCCGGAGGCGAUGGAAGAUAUGGAUAGGUAUGUUAUCCCACCUUUUUACGGUAAGAUUGAUAUUGUAAUACAGGACUUAGGUUUCAUAACAAUUGCACCAACCAGUUCUCCGAAAAAUACAAAAUCCUUAUUUCAAAUCUGGGUCCCUAAAGGUGUUCGUGUAAUUAUACGUGAAUCUAUUUUCCAAUUCAUAUACAAGGUGCAUGACUACAAAGAUGAGACUGGAAACACAUUGAAGAAGGAAAAUGUUGUCAAGAGAGGCAAACCUGUUCUUAGAAGCAUUUUCGAUACGGAAAAACUACAUUUCAGUGAGUUGUUCCCGGUUGAUACCAAAUUGAAAGAUGAGGAUGCUUUUUCUAUGGUAUGCCCAUCAGGUGAUGCCGUCCCUCCGCAAGAUAGAUUCAUGAACCAUACCAAGUACAAAAAUCAGUAUUGGAGGAGACUCCAACUUUAG